UUACAGAAACUCAGAACGACUGGAAACAAAAGGACAUUUUUGUGGAGACAGUGUGGAAUAGCCUAGGUGUGAGGAGGACAGAAGAGAAGUGGUGAGGCUAGCACAAACACUAACUCAGACUCUGACUUCUACAGCAGGCAGAAACAUGGCUUUGGUGAGGACUGGACUACAGAUCCAGCUCCUGCUUUACUUCGUCUCAGGCUUCUCACCUGGCAAGGUCAAUAACCAGCUCCCUUUACCGACAGUGCUGAUUCCAAUAGAAGUCCUGAAAAGAUUUGACCCGUGCUGCCUACAGAGCCCGCCUCCACCACCCCUGUUUCCACCCCCACCCAGUGUGUGGAGAAGAGCUCGGGUGUUCCCAGAAUAUGUGGAGGGUGAAAAAGAGAAAGGAAAAGACGAAGAUGAUGUGAUACAGCACUGUCUCUCAGGACCUCCUGGACCACCAGGUCCUCCUGGACCACCGGGUCAGAACGGCAUUCCAGGAGUACAGGGUCCCAAGGGAGAUCCGGGAGAUAUUGGUCGACCAGGAUCAAAGGGUCGCACUGGCCAGCCUGGUCUUCCUGGGAACCCAGGUUCUGCAGGAUGGCCCGGGCCCGAGGGACCUAAAGGAGAGAAGGGAGAUCAUGGACUGAUGGGAAACCCUGGGAUGAGAGGACCAGUGGGAGCCAAGGGACUGUCUGGAUACAAAGGAGAGAAGGGUUCACAUGCAGAACCAGGAGUUCCAGGUCCAAAGGGAGACAAGGGUGUAAGCGGACAGGCUGGCAUGCUGGGACAGAAGGGUGCAAUGGGACCGAAAGGAGAGGCUGGUAUGACAGGGACACGUGGUCCUACAGGACGCCCAGGCAAAAGAGGAAAGCAGGGAUCUAAAGGCGAAACUGGUCGAAUGGGGCCAAUGGGGCCGGCUGGUCCUCUGGGACCCAAUGGACAGCCAGGACCCCCAGGAGUUCCUGCUUCAGUGCUGUAUGUGGGAGGAGAGAAAGGUGAGACAGGGAUGCCAGGUCCUCCUGGACAGUGUGACUGCAGCUCCUUUGAUACGAAUGGCCCUGGUAGUGCAUCACUGCAGCGCCGUGACAAACUGGCCAAAGUUUCAGCGAUAUUCGUCGUGAACAGGGAGAAGGAGCUGAACGACCUCAACAUGGAUAACACUCUCGCUUUCUGCAAAGAACAGAAAUCCCUCUACUUUAAAGACACGGAUGGGUGGCAACCGAUUCAGCUACUCCCACUCCAUGCACAGGGGAGGAAGAAGAGAGUGACAUGGAUGUGUGGGGAUGGAAAGGUGCAGCCAUUAAAUGGAGAAGAGUGUGACGAUGGAAACAAAGUGGUCACAGAUGAAUGUGUAGGCUGUAAAAAGGCUUAUUGUGGAGAUGGAUAUCGUCACCACGGUGCUGAAGAGUGUGAUGGAAAGGACUUUGGCUAUCAGACCUGCAGGACGUUCCUGCCAGGGACAUUCGGGAUGCUCAGAUGCACCGAUUCCUGCAUCAUCGACUUAACCGGCUGCAAGUCUGUCACCUGAGCUCCUGACACGUGUGCACACGCAUGAGCACACAUACAGGCCAGCAUCCGGUUCUCAGUGCGGUGCUCUCAUCAUGACAUCCUCAAUGUAGAGCUGUUUCAUAAAAAUGAGGAGUGUAUUUAUUCAUUUGUAUUAAUAAGUAUAUUUAAUAUUUGUUAAAGUGAGACGGCCUUUCGAUUUCAUAAAAUCGGUGAAAUUUUAGUUCCCUCUGAAAUUUGGUCAUUGUGAUAUAUGUUUAUUUCUGUAAUAUCGCUCAAAAAAAACAACAACAAAAACAGGCCAUUCCGUGGUUGGGAAGUUAUUUAAUUUGAGGGGGUUAAAGCAAAUAAUGUGCAUGAAAUCACUCACUUUGUGCAGUCAAGCAGACAGAGGAGGUCUGUGUGCGCAUGCGCAGGUUUACCUUUGACCACGCACUGUUACAUCAUUCUGUCGCUAAACGAACAGCUGAUCACACCGAGGUGCUCGCUGCCCUCCAAUAUUUAUUAGUUUGGUCCUGCAUUUCCUUUCCUUCGUAUAUAACAUAACAUCUUUUCUUCUCGCUUUCCGUUACUGUAGUUGGUCUUUCACGUUUCAUUCGCACACUCACAUCCUCCAUUUUUCUCUCCUGCUUCAAAUUUGUAUCCCACAAUGCCUUGCAUGAACGGGGAAAGCCCACCACGUAAUGCAUGACGUAGUAUCUUGUAUUGAGUCAUGGUGAAGCAGGAAAAAAUAGCAGAGAAUUUAGGGCCACAUGGCUCUAAAUUCAUUAAUUGUUCUAUUUAAAAACAAAAAAACUAAUACAAUUGGAAGUCUGCAAUUCGAAUUCAGUAGCUUUCGGUCCACUAAACAAAAAUAACAGUGUCAGAGAAAAUUCUUUUUAUGACCUGCACUCGAAAAAUCGGAAAGGCAGUCUAGCUUUAAUUCUAUCUGUGAGAACACCAGAAGAAUGCUACGUUUUUGCAGUGGCCAAGCUUUAACUGAAAUGUUUUUCAUUUUCAGAAAAUUAUUCAUGUGCAUAGAUUUUAUAAAUCACUCCACUUCUAAUAAAGUUCUAAUGUACAAACUUGGAUGUAGGAGUCCAAAAUUACAACUCUAACAUAAAUGCUUGCUGUAUUUUAUUUUUUUAUUAAGCAUAACUGCUGAGUUAAAGAGCCAGAAUGGUCAGUCUGAUGCUGCUGAUUAUUAUUAUAUUGCAAGUACAA